GGGGAGGCGCCGAGAGGAGCCGAAGCCAGAGCGGCCGGGAGCAAGCGCGGAGCCCAGUGGGGCCCGCACCUAGUGGCCCUGGCCGACCGGGACGCGGGGAACGAGCGCGGGACCGGGACUGUCUGGUACUUACCAUGAGCGCCAAGAAGAGAGGGAGCCCCGCGAGGACUCAUUCCAUGAUGUCCCUGUCGGUGCGGCCGCAGCGCCGCCUGCUCAGUACCCGAGUCAAUAGAAGUCAGUCCUUCGCAGGCGUCCUCGGCAGUCACGAGCGUGGGCCCAGGAACUUCCAGGUCUUAAACCCGCUGGGGCCUCCAAGAAAGCCCCCAGCGCUCUCCCGGGUGUCCAGGAUGUUUUCUGUGGCUCACCCAGCACCUAAGGUGCCGCAGCCAGAGCGGCUGGACCUGGUGUAUGCUGCCCUUAAGCAGGGCCUGACAGCCUACUUGGAAGUGCACCAGCAAGAGCAGGAGAAGCUCCAGGGGCAGAUAAAGGAGUCCAAGAGGAACUCCCGUCUGGGCUUCCUAUAUGAUUUGGACAAGCAAGUCAAGUCCAUUGAACGCUUCCUGAGACGACUGGAGUUCCAUGCCAGCAAGAUUGAUGAGCUCUAUGAAGCAUACUGUGUCCAGCGGCGUCUCCGGGAUGGCGCCUACAACAUGGUCCGCGCCUACAGCACUGGGUCCCCAGGGAGCCGAGAGGCCCGGGACAGCCUAGCUGAGGCCACCCGGGGACAUCGAGAGUAUACAGAGAGCAUGUGUGUGCUGGAGAGCGAGCUGGAGGCACAGCUGGGCGAGUUUCAUCUCCGGAUGAAAGGGCUGGCCGGCUUCGCCAGGCUGUGUGUGGGCGAUCAGUAUGAGAUCUGCAUGAAAUAUGGACGUCAGCGCUGGAAACUACGGGGCCGCAUUGAGGGUAGUGGAAAGCAGGUGUGGGACAGUGAAGAAACAGUCUUUCUUCCUCUGCUCACAGAAUUCCUGUCCAUUAAGGUGACAGAACUGAAGGGCCUGGCCAACCAUGUAAUUGUGGGCAGCGUCUCCUGUGAAACCAAGGAUCUGUUUGCUGCCCUGCCCCAGGUUGUGGCUGUGGACAUCAAUGACCUUGGCACCAUCAAACUCAGUCUAGAAGUCACAUGGAGCCCCUUUGAUAAGGAUGAUCAGCCCUCUGCUGCUUCUACUGUCAACAAAGCCUCCACUGUCACCAAGCGCUUCUCCACCUAUAGCCAGAGCCCACCAGACACACCCUCGCUUCGGGAGCAGGCCUUCUAUAAUAUGCUACGGAGGCAGGAGGAACUGGAGAAUGGGACAGCAUGGUCCCUGUCAUCUGAAUCUUCAGAUGACUCAUCUAGCCCACAGCUCUCAGGCACUGCUCGACACUCAUCAGUCCCCAGGCCCCUGAUGCAGCAGCCUGAGCCCCUGCCCAUCCAAGUUGCCUUCCGAAGGCCUGAAACCCUCAGCUCUGGGCCUGUGGAUGAGGUGGGGGCCAUGGCCCCAGUCCUAGCCAACGGACAUGCCCCCUACAGCCGGACUCUGAGCCACAUCAGUGAAGCCAGUGUAGAUGCUGCCUUAGCUGAGGCUUCAGUGGAGGCUGGGGAUUCAGAAAACCUAGCCCUAGGACCUAGCUCACCUGUACACCCAGAUCCCACUCAGGAGUGCCCCAGUUGUGUUCCUUCUGCCCCAGACACUAGCCAUUCUGCCACAAGCCCCACUUUCAGUACAACCAGCCCGGUGCCCAUAUCUAUAGACCCUGUCCCAUCUGCACCUCGAGACUCAGUGCAUAAGGCCACAGACUCUAGCCCUUCUAAGCUGCCAAGCCCUACCCACACCACUAUAAACUCCACCUGUAGUGCCAUAAGCCCUAUCAAUAGUGCUCCAAGCUUCACAUCCACUACUACCCACAAGCCAUUGCUCUCUACCCUCACCACUACUGACUCUAUCCCCAAUACUUCAGGCCCAGGUCAGACCAUGGCAGUGUGGACCCACACUACUCCAAGUCCCACCCAUACUACUACAAGUUCCACCCAUGCCACCACAAGCCCCACCCACACUACAAACCUCAUCCAUACCACUGCAGGGCCCACCCACAAAGCCAGGAUGUCAACUCACACCACUCCCAGUGCUAUGAGCCCAGCAGUCCAGACCACAAACUCCACAGUUACAACUGUAAACCCUUCCACUUCUGGGGAUAUUGCUAUACUUCCCACCCUUUCUGCAGAUGCCACCCUCCCAGGCACUAACCCCUUGCCCUGUAGCCACUCAGCCUCCACUCCCUGUAUUCAGGCAAACCCCACAGCCCCCAGCACUUACUUCCCAAGUCCUGUCUGUUCUGGUUGGAAACCCCUCACAAGCCCUGCCCCAGAUCCCCCAGAGCCCAUCCUUCAGAGCCUAAGUUCCCCACCGUCACCCCUAGCCCCUGUACCCCAGCAUUCAGAACUUAGCCUGGCCACAGCUACUCAAGUCCCAGUUCCAGGGGCAAUUGGAGGGACUGGGGACAGGAGACUGGAGGAGGCCCUCGGGGCCCUAAUGGCUGCUCUGGAUGACUAUCGUGGACAGUUCCCAGAGCUGCAGGGCCUGGAGCAGGAGGUGACCCGGUUGGAGAGUCUGCUUUUGCAGAGACAAGGCCUGACUCGCAGCCGGGCCUCUAGUCUCAGCAUCACUGUGGAGCAUGCCCUGGAGAGCUUCAGCUUCCUCAAUGAAGAUGAAGAUGAAGAUGAUGGUCCUGGGGACAGGCCCCCAAGCAACCACCUGGAGGCUGGGGCUGAGGACAGCUCAGACUCACCCAGUGCUGGUCCCCUCAGCACGGGGUGUCCAACUCUGGACGCUGCCUUGGUCCAGCACCUGCACCACUGCAGUCGCCUCCUACUGAAAUUGGGCACAUUUGGGCCCCUGCGCUGCCAGGAGGCGUGGGCCCUGGAGCGGUUGCUGCGGGAAGCCCGAGUGCUCGAGGCAGUAUGCGAGCUUAGCAGGCUAUGGGAGAUCCCUGCCACCUCUGCCCAAGAUGUGGUGCAGUUCUCAGCCUCUCGGCCCGGCUUCCUGGCCUUCUGGGACCAGUGCACAGAGGGACUCAGCCCCUUCAUCUGCCCUGUGGAGCGGGUGCUUCUCACCUUCUGCAACCAGUUUGGUGCCCGUCUCUCCUUGCGCCAGCCAGGCUUAGCCGAGGCUGUGUGUGUGAAGUUCCUGGAGGAUGCUCUGGGGCAGAAACUGCCCAGGAGGCCCCAACCAAGCCCUGGGGAGCAGCUCACCAUCUUCCAGUUCUGGAGUUACGUUGAAGCCUUGGGCAGCCCUUCCAUGGAGACCUAUGUGACUGAGACUGCUGAGGAGGUGUUAUUGGUGCGGAAUCUAAACUCCGAUGACCAGGCUAUUGUGCUGAAGGCCCUGAGAUUGGCACCAGAGGGGCGGCUGCAAAGGGAUGGGCUUCGGGCCCUGAGCUCCCUGCUUGUCCAUGGCAACAACAAGGUCAUGGCUGCUGUCAGUACCCAGCUCCGGAGCCUGUCACUGGGCCCUGCUUUCCGGGAAAGGGCCCUCCUGUGCUUCCUGGACCAGCUUGAGGAUGAAGAUGUGCAGAUUCGAGUGGCUGGAUGCCUUGCCCUGGGCUGCAUCAAGGCUCCUGAGGGCAUUGAGCCCCUGGUGUACCUGUGCCAAACAGAUACAGAAACUGUGAGGGAAGCUGCCCGGCAAAGCCUGCAGCAGUGUGGGGAAGAAGGACAGUCUGCUCAUCGACGGCUGGAGGAGUCAUUGGAUGCCCUGCCCCGAAUUUUUGGGCCCAGCAGUAUGGCCAGCACAGCAUUCUAAACUCUCCAUAUACAUGCUCCUAGUGCCCCUUCCCCCUCACUUUCAGGGCUCACCAGGCACUGGCAGGGUGGGUGAGGGCUGGCUACAGAAACCCCUCCUUCCCCACAAAUUCCCUUCAAUGAAAAUCUAAUAUAUUCUUCUGUUACCCUUGGGGUUGGUAGAGUCAGUGCCUGCAGUCAAGUGCCUCCCAGCCUCGGCUCAGCACAUCCCUUGCCACAGAGUGUCCAGAUCCUGGUCACCCUGCCUCUGCCUCACCAUAUCCCUUGGUUUUUGUAUUUUAUUUACAGAGUUUUACAGAAAAAUAAAAAUUA